AUGCAAACAAAUCUUAAAAACAUGGUUCUACUUUACUUCCUCCUGUUAAUUCAUUCUGUCAUAAGUCAGUUAUAUUUCCCCGAUAAAUUGUCGAGUCUUCCCACAAUGUCCGAACUGACUCGCAAAUACAACCUUCCCUCCACACUCACCGAUUUGAAAGUGAUAACACACGACAAAGAGACGGUUCACCUUUAUUACAUUCUUCAUCCCAAUGCCACACACUUACUUCUCCUUUUUCAAAGUAACGCUGGCGCUUUCAUUGACCGCCUUCAAUUAUUAAAGCAAUUUUAUAAUCGGCUUAACGUCCACGUUGGUGUGUUAUCAUAUCGUGGGUUCGGUGUAUCCACCGGUAAACCAACGGAAGACGGCUUAACUGACGACGCGGUGUCUGUAUUAGAUGCCCUAUCCGCAACAAUUCCGCUUAAUAAUAUCACAUUAUUAGGACGGUCUUUGGGCGUUGGGGUUGCUCUCAGUGCUGCUCAAAGACGUGGGGUGUCUAAGUUGAUACUUGAGAAUGGCUUUUCAAGUUUGAAAGAGUUCCGCAAAGUCGACACAAAAGAUCGUUGGGACAACCUCUCAAAAUUUGAAACUAUUAACAAAUCUAUUAAAAUACUAUUUCUCGAGUCAAUGAAUGACGAGAUUGUAGAUAAUAGAAUGACAGAAAAGAUGUUCAAUCAUUCGGUAAAUAAAGGAUUUGAUGCGAAGAUUGAAAGGUUCGAAGGAGCAAGACAUAUGUCUUUGCCAUCGUUUUUGAAGUAUUAUGAAGUUAUUGGAGAAUUUCUCAAAGAAAAAUAA